ACACAAAACGGCGGCGUCUGGUGGGAGCAGGAGUGCAGAUGCGGCGACCGGGGGUGUUGUGGUUUUGCCUCUGCCGAAUGUCGGCCUUUAUUCGUCAAGAGACGACAAGACAACCGUGAGCCAGUACUUUCCCUUUAAUGCACAAACGACGCAGCGGGACAAGACGACAUUUUAAAAAAAAGGGAAAGGAGGAAGGACAGCGAGGGAGGGAGGGAGAGGAAAAAAAGAGAAAAGAUGUCACCCCGUCCAUUCAAACACCGAGGCGGAGCCAGGGACGGCGGCCGAUCGGCAGCGUCCUAGUCGGGGGAGGAGCACUACGGGAGGCCGAGGCUUGGAUCCCGCGCAAAGGCCUCAUCCGGAGCUAUCGCGAAUAAAUGUUUGCCAGCGUUUCCAUCAUUUGUGAUCAUCUUCAUCUUCCUCAUCAUCACUUCGUCGCUACUUUGCAUGCAACAUUUUAGGACAGUAGACAUACACAAAUUGCACAAAAGGUACAAUUGGAGCUGGAAAGACAGCCUGCGUUUUUUUUGCGCAUCUAAAUGCAUCUGGUUUGCGGCAAGAUAGUGCUGAAGGAACAGGAAGUGCGAUUUUGGCAAACGCCGUCCAGUGGUGCACGAUUGUUUUGACAAUCUGUCAUUUUUGAGCGACUGAGCAGCGAGCGUGCGUUUGUUGGUUUGCUCCCCGGCCGACGGAGCCUCCAGGCGGCCUGCCGCUCGCGGACUGGCCGCAGAGCAGCAUGGACACUUCGUGGAGCAAUUUCCUCUUUCAGACGACGUCAACUCCAGGCCAGCAGGAGGCGCCCCUGCAGGCGGAGCUCCUCCCCGAGCUGAGCGGCUCUGCCCAAAGUCCGUUGGCCGAGCACCUGGUGGCGCCGCCGUCCACCGUGGACACGGCCGCCCUCAGCGAGGAGCCACUUCCUGUGAAAACCGCGCCGCCCAAAGCGCCGCGCCCCGCCCACAUCUGCGCCACUUGUAACAAGGAGUUCAAGAACAGCUACAACCUGCGGCGCCAUCAGUCGGUGCACACGGGCAUCAAGAUGAAGGAUCGCGCUGCCCGUGACAAGGAUGAGGCUGCCAAAGCGCCCCCCAAGCAGAGCAUCCCCCUCUCGCUCCUUCAGCUCGCCCUGCCAACGGAGCCCACCGCUCCCGAUGCCUCGGACGCCCUCCCUCGACCGGGCCAGCAGGUGACAGUGUCUGUCGCCCCGGUGACUGUCGCCAUGGCGAUGCAGCCGCCGCCACAGCCCAUCCCGUCGACGGCGCUGUUGGUGGUGGGAGCCGCCGCUGAGCAGAAUCCCAGACCGGCCGCCGCACCCGCCAAUUCCGGCGUCACCGCCAACCAAGUGCGAAAGAACCACGCGUGCGAAGCUUGCGGCAAGGCCUUCCGCGACGUCUACCACCUGAACCGCCACCGGCUGUCGCACUCGGACGAGAAGCCAUACUCGUGUCCAGUCUGCCAGCAGCGCUUCAAGAGGAAAGACCGCAUGAGCUACCACGUGCGCUCGCACCAAGGCGGCGUGGAGAAGCCUUACGUUUGCCCGCACUGCGCCAAGGCCUUCUCGCGGCCGGACCACCUCAACAGUCAUGUGCGUCAGGUGCAUUCCACCGAGAGACCCUUCAAGUGCACGACGUGCACGUCCGCGUUCGCCACACGGGACCGCCUGCGGGCGCAUCUGAUUCGCCACGAGGAGAAGGUGCCUUGUCACAUUUGCGGGAAGCUCCUGUCGGCGGCGUACAUCACCGACCACAUGAGAGUCCACAACCAAUCGCAACACCACGCCUGCCACCUUUGCAACCGCAGCUUUACCACGCUGACGUACUUGCGGGUCCAUGCGCAGAAGCACCACGGCCAGGAGUGGAAGGAGAGCGGUGGCGGCUUCGGCGGCGCGGGGCCCGGCGGGGUGCUGCUGUGCCAACUGUGCGGCGUGCAGUGCAAGACCACCACCCAGCUGCAGGGCCAUAUGGGCACACACGCCAGCCAGGCCGAGCCUGACCCGGCCGGCCCGGCAGGCGAUGCCCCACCCGACGGGGGCGGCGCCGUGGGCCUGCUGGUGACUGACUGCUCCAGCAUCAGCGCGCCGACGCACAGCUAGCACACGCGGGGCGGCUUUUGAGGAACUCUUAUGAUAUCACGAUGACAUCUCCAUGAUGUCAUCAUAAACUGUUGGGAACUUGAAGUCUGAGUGCCAUGAGGCCAAGAACUCCUUGAGUCAACGGUAAUGCAGCAAGGCACUACACAAAGCUCGUCAACUCACUUUAACAUUGUUGCCCGGCAACAAGAUGCUGUCAAUCUCAUUGUUCCUUGGGACCAAGAUGUCUUGGCCUCAUUGUGCUUGGCUGAGUGGGAUGGAGGUGGGGGGCUUUUGAUGACAUCAACAUCUGCCGCCAACGCACAGCCGGGGAAGACUGACGCAAUGAAGGCGGUUAAAAUGACUCUCCAGACUUUGUACAAACUCCCGUUUUUAAUCUUUAAAACAUUCCAUGAAUUGUCACGUAUGUGCGUGUGACGCUGCUGAGAUUCUUCAGUGACGCCUGCAUGUGUGUGAUUAGCGUGCGUGCACCUUUUGUAUACCGUUGAAUGUGCUCAAUGAUGAAUUUCACGUGUACUGUACUUUGUAGCCCCCCCACCCCUGCAGUGGUGCAGUGAUGAUGGAAGUACAUCUGUGCCAUGCCACUUUCAAUUGAAAAUUCUCACAUGGAAUUUGCUUGUAAUCUCCAGACAUUCUAUUUAAAAAUCUCAAAACCCCAGGGUAAAAAAAAAAAUUUGCAUGCAUCUCUAUGCUGUUAAUCUCCCAAAAAUUUCAAAUGUCAAGAAAAUUCAACGUUUUCAAAAAUUCGAAUACAGAAAAACAAUUUUACACUGAAAUGGGAACUCAAAUGGCUCGGAUGUCCUUCCAUCUAGAACUGUCAUCCUUUUCCGUGCUCGUGAAUAUUGAUGAUCUUUUGAGUGUAUUAAAUGCACUAAAGUGAA